AUGACUUCAAUUAUCAAGCUAACCACCCUCUCGGGGGUUCAGGAAGAAUCUGCUCUCUGCUAUUUGCUUCAAGUAGAUGAAUUUCGCUUUCUGCUGGACUGUGGCUGGGAUGAAAAUUUUUCUGUGGAUAUCAUUGAUUCAUUAAGAAAACAUGUUCACCAGGUUGAUGCAGUGCUUCUUUCACAUCCUGAUCCUUUACAUUUGGGUGCACUCCCAUAUGCAGUAGGAAAGAUGGGACUGAAUUGUGCUAUUUAUGCAACUAUUCCUGUGUAUAAAAUGGGCCAGAUGUUUAUGUAUGAUCUCUACCAGUCACGCCACAAUACAGAAGACUUCACAUUGUUUACUCUGGAUGAUGUGGAUGCAGCUUUUGAUAAAAUCCAGCAGCUAAAAUUUUCUCAGAUUGUCAAUUUGAAAGGGAAAGGGCAUGGCUUAUCCAUCACACCGUUGCCGGCGGGCCACAUGAUUGGAGGCACAAUUUGGAAAAUUGUUAAAGAUGGAGAAGAAGAAAUAGUUUAUGCUGUUGACUUCAACCACAAGAGGGAGAUCCACUUGAAUGGAUGCUCCCUAGAAAUGUUAAGCAGGCCUUCCUUGCUUAUCACAGAUUCUUUUAAUGCUACUUACGUACAGCCGAGACGGAAGCAAAGAGAUGAACAACUGCUGACAAAUGUCUUGGAAACCCUUAGAGGUGAUGGAAAUGUCCUCAUAGCAGUGGACACUGCAGGAAGAGUUUUGGAACUUGCCCAACUGCUUGAUCAAAUAUGGAGGACAAAAGAUGCAGGCUUAGGAGUCUACUCGUUAGCUCUUUUGAACAACGUCAGCUACAAUGUUGUGGAGUUUUCAAAAUCUCAGGUGGAAUGGAUGAGUGACAAACUGAUGAGAUGCUUUGAAGAUAAAAGGAACAAUCCCUUUCAGUUCCGUCACCUCUCUCUGUGCCAUGGACUUUCUGAUUUAGCUCGAGUUCCUAGUCCCAAAGUUGUCCUUGCCAGCCAGCCAGAUCUGGACUGUGGAUUUUCAAGAGACCUAUUUAUACAGUGGUGUCAGGAUCCCAAAAAUUCUAUCAUUUUGACAUAUAGAACCACUCCUGGAACACUGUCACGCUUCUUGAUAGAUAAUCCCUCUGAAAAAGUUAUAGACAUAGAGCUGAGGAAGAGGGUCAAACUGGAAGGAAAGGAACUCGAGGAAUAUCUGGAGAAAGAGAAACAAAAGAAAGAGGCAGCUAAAAAGUUGGAACAAUCCAAGGAAGCAGAUAUUGAUUCCAGUGAUGAGAGUGACGCAGAAGAGGACAUUGAUCAACCAUCUCUUCAUAAAACUAAACACGAUCUGAUGAUGAAAGGUGAAGGCAACAGGAAAGGAAGCUUCUUUAAGCAGGCCAAAAAGUCUUAUCCUAUGUUUCCAGCUCCAGAAGAGAGAAUUAAAUGGGAUGAAUAUGGAGAGAUAAUCAAACCUGAGGAUUUCCUUGUUCCAGAACUCCAGGCAACAGAAGAAGAGAAGAACAAACUGGAAUCUGGGCUUACAAACGGAGAAGAGCCUAUGGAUCAGGAUUUAGCAGAUGUUCCCACCAAAUGCAUUUCAGCAACAGAAUCAAUGGAAAUAAAAGCUCGUGUUACUUACAUAGACUACGAGGGACGCUCAGAUGGGGACUCCAUUAAAAAAAUCAUUAAUCAGAUGAAGCCCCGGCAGUUGAUCAUUGUGCAUGGACCACCCGAGGCCAGUCAGGAUCUUGCAGAGUCCUGUAGAGCUUUUGGUGGAAAGGACAUUAAAGUUUACAUGCCGAAACUGCACGAAACAGUAGAUGCGACUAGUGAGACUCACAUAUACCAGGUCCGGUUAAAAGAUUCACUUGUCAGCUCCCUUCAGUUUUGUAAAGCUAAAGAUGCUGAACUGGCAUGGAUUGAUGGUGUCUUGGACAUGCGGGUAUCGAAGGUGGACACGGGGGUGAUUUUGGAAGAAGGGGAACUGCGAGAUGACGGAGAAGAUGCCGAAAUGCAAGUCGAUGCGCCUUCUUCAGAUUCUAGUGUUGCUGCGCAGCAGAAGGCCAUAAAGAGCCUCUUUGGAGAUGAUGAUAAAGAAAUAUGUGAGGAGAGUGAGAUUAUUCCAACCCUGGAACCUUUGCCGCCAAAUGAGGUUCCUGGGCAUCAGUCUGUCUUCAUGAAUGAGCCGAGAUUGUCUGAUUUUAAGCAGGUUCUCUUGCGAGAAGGAAUUCAAGCUGAAUUUGUAGGAGGGGUUCUUGUAUGUAACAACUUGGUGGCUGUUCGCAGGACUGAAACUGGACGUAUUGGACUGGAAGGCUGUCUCUGUGAAGAUUUCUAUAAAAUUAGGGAUCUUUUGUAUGAGCAGUAUGCCAUUGUCUGAAGAACUGUAAACCCAAUACAUGUGGACUU